CAUUAUUUCCUCUUUUAGAAAUGUAGACUGCGAGAAAUCAGUAAACUAAUCUGUUUCUUAUAUUUAUAUUGAACCAAAAGCGUAUAUUAAGUGGUAAAAUGGAUAUGAUACACGAUCUAUCCGUAAGCAAUGAUUCGCUGUUGUGCUGCCGCGCCUGUCUCGCGACUGAUGCGAGACUCUUCAACAUCCAUGAUUAUAAACUCUCGGACGCCUUCUAUCACAUCGUGGGGAGUUUUCAUGGAUUGCAGGUGUACAAACACGGGCCGCAGUACCUGUGCAGCUUCUGCAGCGCGUCGCUUCUCCGCUGCGAAGCGUUCCGCAGCAAGUGUCUCCGCGCGCAACAGUGUCUCAACUCCAAGGAGCAUCAGGGAGAGCUGGAUACAGACUACAUUCGCACUAUCGACCGCUCCUCCCACAAGCUCCUCCUAAACCUAACGACCAACCCGGUACAAACUCUAGAGUGUGUCAACCUCAAGCCUCCCGAAGACAUCAAGAACGAACCCGAUGUAGAAAAUAUAAAAAUUACUGACAGCAAGAAGACAGACUUCAAAAUAGAAGUCGAAAUCAAUGAGGAUAAAUUAGAACAAGUAUUUCUUGUUACUGACAUUGAUGAUGAUAAUGACACUAACACAAGAAAAAGAAAGUCAAAGAAAAAAAUUAAAACCGAAGAUGAUGAUUUUGAUUAUGAUGGUAUGGACAUAGAUUUUGAUGAUAAUGAUGAUGUUACUUUAGAAAAUAUAGCUAAGAGUCUCAAAAAGGGAAAAGUAAAAAAGAAGGUAGUUAAGAAGAAGAGAGAAGGUAAGAAAGAGAAGAAGGUUAAGGAGAAACCGGUGAGGGAGUUGAAGAUUAAGAGGAGGAACCCGGCUAACGGAUAUCUGCCGGAGUUUGCUAUAGCCGCGUUUGAGAACAUGUAUUCGGUCCAUGUCGUCACUUUAAGCAAGGAGGACCAGUUGGAAGAGAUCGCAAUGCGCAAAGAGUCCGCCAAUUACCAGGAGUCCGCGUUUCAGUGCGAGGACUGCGGCAAAGGCUUCGUGGCCGAGGAGUCCUACAACAACCACCGCGCCCGCCACAGUCCGAGCGCAGGCAAUUUCCCCUGCGAGAUCUGCAAGGUGCGCUUCACGAAGCAGAGCAUCCGGCACACGCACCAGGACAUGCACCGGCUCAAGUUCUUCUGCAAGGAGUGCAGUUUCGUCUCUAGAACCAGGCAUCAAGCCAAGCAGCACCACGAGAUGCAUGUGGGCAAGCUGUAUGAGUGCCAGCAUUGCGGGAAGACCUUCAGUAAGAGCUCGACGUACCUGUCGCACGUGCGGCUGGCGCACCCGGCGCUGAACGUGGCAUGCGACGAGUGCGGCGAGACCUUCGUGGGGCAGAUGGGCCUCAAGAUGCACAAGAAGCGGAAACACGCUCAGAGCAAACCGGAGCAGUAUAAGUGUGAGAUAUGUUCAGCCACGUUCCUGAACAUGGAAGCGCUGAGCAGACACGCGGCGGCCGCCGGCGACCACGGGGCUUUGAAUCCGUGCGAGCAGUGCGGAGAGAACUGUGCGAGCGAGACGGCGCUAAGCAAACACAUCGCGGAGAUGCACCCCGCUGACUCACAUCGGUGUGAAGAGUGCGACGCGUCAUUCGCGAGCGCGGCGGCGUACGACCUGCACCACCGGCGCAAGCAUCUCAACCAGCCCUUCAGCGCGGCGGGACGACGGACUUUGCACCGGGAACCUUCAGUCCCCGGGCAGUUUGUGUGCGAGCAGUGCGGACGGAUACUGCCGAGUCGAACCUCGCUCCGCUACCACAAGAGAGACCACAAGACUGCGAAGCCGCACGCCUGCCGCCAGUGUCCCAAGAGCUUCUCCACGAAACGAGCGCUCGAUUGGCACAUCCGGUCUCACACGGGGGAGAAACCGCAUCAGUGCCCCGACUGCCCGCUCGCCUUCAGCAUCAAGUCCAACCUCAAGCGCCACCACAAGGCGGUGCACCUCGGUCUCCGCAACAGCGUGCCGUGCUCGAUCUGCGGGCGCGUGUUCACGACCAACUCGUGUGUGCGUAUCCACAUCAACACGGUGCACCACGGACAGCCGGGGCCCAAGCGGAACCGGAAGAGGACCAAGUACGGCAAGAUACCAGAGUCGCCCGCCAGCCUUAUAUAACACACACACACACACACACACACACACACACACAAACACACACACACACACACACACACACACACACACACACACACACACACACACACAUUCAUUGUCAGUAGGCACUAAUGUGGAAACAUUCAAAAAUUGCCAAAUUUUCAAGAUAGGAAAUAAUCUGAAACUUUCCUCAUUUUAGUAUGGAGAUUGAAACUUUCCAUUAUAUCCAUUUAAAAUUAUUUUAUUUCUGGUGAAAGUUUCAUGAAAUUUCCAAGAAAUUUUUUUUGGAAAGUUUCCACUUGCACAUCAG